GAAAGAAUGCAAGUUUGUUCACAACUUCCAUUCGGACCACAAUCUCUGUGUUCUAAAACAAUAUGGACUGGAGAAAUUAAACAGGGGUGAACUUUGCCAGCUUCUGCUUCAAAAUGACCCUUCCCUCUUACCAGAGGUCUGCUUGCAUUAUAACAAAGGUGAUGGACCUUAUGGAUCUUGUACCUAUAAAAAGAACUGCACCAAACUGCAUGUUUGUCAGUACUUUUUGUGGGGACACUGCAGAUUUGGCAGGAGCUGCAAGCGAUCCCAUGACUUAUUAAAGUCAGAAUGUUAUGAGAAACUGGAGAGACAGGGAAUGAGCUCAGACAUCAUUCAGAAACUACCCACCAUUUAUAGGAAUAUGUAUGACAUAAAAAAUGGCGACAGGAACGUACAUGACAAAGAAGAUGCCAAGUCUUCACCAUGCAAAGAAAGAAAACACAGCUCUAGCCAAGAAUCUUCAACUACAAAUGAUGAUGAACUGGAACAGAUCUGUUUGUAUCAUCUGUACAAAAGUUGUGGCUUUAAAGACAAGUGUAUUAGAACUCAUUUUCACUUGCCAUAUAGAUGGCAGAUCUCUGAUGGUAAUACCUGGAAGGACUUCAAGAAUAUGGAAGAAAUAGAAAAAGCAUAUUGUGACCCCCAAAACACCAGAUUUAAUAAUGGAGUUACUGAAAGUGGCUCUGUCUUGUCAUCUAUCUGUUUUCUGAAUAUGUGCUGUGGGUUUGCAAAGGUUAGACGUCUUUCUACAGCCUCCUCUGUGACUAAACCGCCUCACUUCAUUCUUACAACAGAAUGGGUCUGGUACUGGAAAGAUGAAUAUGGCCUGUGGCGGGAGUAUGGAAAAAAA